AUGACCCUACUUCAGAACCAACACGACAACCUCCGGCAGGAGUUUAACGAGUUGAAGAGAGAUGUCAAUGGAUAUAGAGAGGAGUGUAGAGGAACCUACAAGACAGUGAACAGAAAUGAAGCACCAAGUGAAGCACCAAGUAAAGCAUCAAGUGAUGCACUAAGUGAUGCACCAAGUGAUGCACCAAGUGAUGCACCAAGUGAAGCACCAAGUGAUGCACCAAGUGAAGCACCAAGUGAUGCACCAACUGAAGCACCAAGUGAUGCACCAAGUGAAUCACCAAGUGAUGCACCAACAACGACUACCAGACCAAACAAUGCAUUUCAACCAGGCAGCAACGACUACCAUACCGAGCCAUGCCUUUCCACCACACAGCAACUACUACCAGACGGAAUUGCGACUUUCAACCACACAGCAACGACUACCAGACCAAACAACGCUUUUCAACCACACAGCAACGACUACCAGACCAAACCACGCUUUUCAACCACACAGCAACGACUACCAGACCAAACAACGCUUUUCAACCACACAGCAACGACUACCAGACCAAACAACGCUUUUCAACCACACAGCAACGACUACCAGACCAAACCACGCUUUUCAACCACACAGCAACGACUACCAGACCAAACCACGCUUUUCAACCACACAGCAACGACUACCAGACCAAACAGCACUUUUCAACCACACAGCAACGACUACCAGACCAAACAACGCUUUUCAACCACACAGCAACGACUACCAGACCAAACCACGCUUUUCAUCCACACAGCAACGAUUACCAAACUAAACCACGCCGUUCAACAACCCUGCAUCGACUACCAGACCAAACCACGCCUUCCAACAACUCUGCAACAACUACCACACCAAACCACGCUUUUCAACAACACAACAACUUCUACCAUACCAAUCCAUGCCUUUCCACCACACAGCAACUACUACCAGACCAAAAUUGCGACUUUCAACCACACGACAACGACUACCAGACCAAACCACACUUUUCAACAACCCUGCAACGACUACCAGACAAAACCAUCUAUUUCAACCACACAGCAACGACUACUAGACAAAAAUACACCUCUCAACCCUCCAGCAACAAGUACCAUUCCAAACCACUCCUUGCAACCACACAUCAACGCAUACAAGAUCAAACCACAACUUUAA